AUGCCAAAUGUGAACCCCAAUAAGCCUGGCGCUGACCCCGAUUGGGCGCUCUCCCAUGGCACCAAAAACCAUGUAGGGGAAUAUGUACAAAACAGUGACAUCACAAAACACCUCCUUCAAUGUGCCAGCGAUAUCCAAAGAGGAAGUUUUCACAACAAGGCUGCACAAAACAGCUCCAGCGAUAGCACUAGAAGCAGCAACCCUAACAAUGAAGUACCCUCCCCCGAUUUGUCGACGUCAAAUAACGCAGCAAACGCUACUCUUCCGAAAAAUCACAACAGUGAUGACACGUACGAAGUGUACCAGUUAAACGUAAAAGCUAGUAGCAAUGACUCGUCACCGCAAAAGUCAAAGUUGAGUGUAGCUAGCUAUGCACAACAGUAUGAAGAAUCUUACGAAGAAAGAACAAAAUUUAACAAAAAAAAAAGCAGCUUUUAUGAUAAUAAUGGGGUACCGGAUACUUAUCCCUUUCUGAAUAGCUAUAAUAUUAGUCAUACGGACAAUGCGAAUAGGAAGUAUGAUAACGGGGCACAUCAAGAGAACAAUUCCAUUGGUGGAGGCAACCCCCAGAACAACAGCACGCAGCAUGCUAGCAUGUGCGAUCAGUGCCGUGGUGUGAGGCCAAAUGAGAAUGAAGGGGAAUCAGUGUGGGGACCGCAUAAUUUGGAAAACUUCCGCUUGGGCAAGAAAGAGACCUCGAAGUGGGGGUCGCCCAAGUGGGGUCCCGAAAAAGAGGAGCAGCGAAGCGAGGUAAGAUGCGAAGUAGAAAUCGAUUCACCAAAUGACGUACCAAAUGAACAGGGAAGUUCCAGUUGUGCCUCCCUAGGACCAGCCCAUGGCUACCCCAAGGGACAAACCCAAAACGACGGCGAUGGGAACAAGAAGAGCGUGCAGAACUGCGAUGUAGACAAACAGUCUGAAAAUUUUUGCAUCAACCGAGAGAGAGCAAUGAGUCAUACAAAGAUAUUCAAUUAUGCCGGAAGUGAAGAGAGGAAAAUUACUAAGCCGAAAGAUAAGACGAAUACGUUUGUCCCAAAGUACAAGAACUUGUCAGCCAAAGAAAUCCAUUUUAACAGCCUCGCAGGGAAUGAUAACAUAACCAUUUUAGCGGCGAACAAAAUGAAAUUAGAUCUUACCAAGUUGUCCGAAAAGAACGAAGAUACUUUACCAGAUGUAUAUCCAUUUCAUCUUUCCAGAGAUACAAAAAAUGAAGAGGAAAAAAAAAGAGCACAUAAACCGCCUUGCUUGGAAAAGUUAUACCCUACAAAUUUUAACUAUAUAAAUACGUAUAACAACAAUAAUUCUGAUAUUACCCUGGAGGAAAGAAGAAAUUAUAUGCACUCGAGUCAUAUUUUUGAUUGUGAUGAUAAUAAAAUGGACCAACACUAUGAGAAGAGGAGUAAAAACACAACGGAAGUCGUCACGCAUCGCAUCACCAAAGAUGUAAGCAAUGUGGACAGCGAGAAGGAGGAGAAAAGGAAGGUGAACCCACUGUAUAGUGAUUUAUUUGGAAGGAAAACACCAGAUAUUAACCACAACGCUCCAUGUCAAAAAAUCAUUCCAACUACUUUGAAUUGUAAUUGGAUGUAUUGCCCCAUCAACAGCAAGAAGUACUCGGAACAGUCCAUUAAUUCCUUCGAUUAUUUACAAUCUUGUGAAAAGGGAAACUUUAACAGAAAGUCAUAUUUUCAUAAAGAAGUAUAUGAUGAUGAAAGAAAAAAAAUUCUUCACGAAGCAGUACAGAAGGGGACCAGGGCUUCGCUCAGAGUACAUAUGGAAUCCAUUUUACAGGAUGGUGCUAACUACAAUUUGGAAGAGUGCAAUCAUGUAGAAGCAACUUACCUAAUUCUCCAUAACAUAAAAGAUUCUGUGUCAGAUGACGAGAUAAAAGAUGCUGUGAGGAAGAGCGGCGCAUUCGUAGUUACCUAUGAACCGGAGUAUGACUUCCUAUGUGAUACACGCAAAAGCAACGCGAAGUUGUGCAUUAGGCAUGCUAACGGGAAAGAGGGCUUAAAUUUAUUAACGAGUUUGUUGGCUCAGCUGGAAAUUACAGUUCAGCGCAUGUGA